GGUGUGGACUUAAAAAGAGGGCAGGGUAAAAGUGGGCGGAAGGGUAGUUUCUAGUGUUUGUGCAUUUAGACUCUGAGCCUGAAAUUAGUGUCAUUGAGAGCGGGAGGAAUUACACUUGAAGAGACAAACAGCCAUCAAACACACAGUCAUCAUGCUGAUUCUCCUCGCUGCCAUCUUUGCCCUUCACAUCAUCGGCAUCAUCCUCCUCCUGGUGGCUACUAUUGACAAUGCCUGGUGGAUGACUGACACUAUCUCCACUGACGUGUGGGCCCGGUGGAUACAGACACACGGAGUGUGGAACUACACUGAUCUUCCCACAGGCUCACACUACCCAGAAAAUUACCUCCAGGCAGUGCAGGCCAGCUCUGUCCUAGCCUGUAUAUUCUCCAUCCUGGGCAUCUUUGUGUUUGUCGCUCAGCUCUUCACCCUCAACAAAGGACAGAGGUUCACCAUCUCUGGCAUCUUUCAGUUACUCGCCUGCCUAUGCAUCAUGAUCGCAGCCUCCAUCUACACAGACCGUUUCCACAUCGAUGAGAAAAACGGCUGGUACGGACACUGCUUCAUCCUGGCGUGGAUCUCCUUUGCUCUAACAUUCAUCUCCUCCAUCAUUUACUUUGUGCUACGCAAGAAGACAGCAUGAAAAGGACACUAGAGCUUCCUCCAACCAGCUAGUGUAUAUUCAGCUACAGAUACAGCAGACCUGUUCAAUCCCUCAAAUACAUACAGUGUUUAACUGAGUCUGCUUUCAGAUAAUCAGGAUUUGGUUAUUUCUGCAGUAAAAAAAAAAAAAAAAGCAAACUCAGUCAAUCACACUUGUAUUUGGGCUUUUUUUUUUCAACCCUGAGUUUGGCCUAGAUUUCUAGUGGGCAUCUAAGGAUUAAGAAUAUUUUUGUAGUUAUCUGAACAAGAAAGGCCUUCAUGUUUAUAAGAUGAUAUGAUAAAUUAAGAUCUAGUCUAGUCUGGUCUUUCUUGUAUUGUACAUUUAAAUAUAUGGAUGUGAGUGUUGGAUAAAAAGGGGCGAGUUUAUGAUUUUAGUAUAUUGUUUUUUUUCCCAUACUAUAAUGUUAGUAUUAUUAUCUGCUCUGGUCUGACUUUAUGUAAUGUGCCACAGAUUAAACAGAGUAUAACCACAACGUGAUGCCAUCGAUUUUCAGAACGCUCGGUAAAUCUGUGCCUGUUUGAAGUCUUAAAAGUUUUCCAUUUAUAAGUCACAUGUUGUAGAUUUGCGUGUAACCUAAUGAUUAGACUAUGCAACAAUAUUAAGUUUAAAACCAUUUAUGUAAUACUGUUUGUUUUCUAACUAAUUGGGAAGACAUCAAACCGGUACUACGCCAAAUCAUAAACCAUGUGGCUCUCAGCCUGCCCUGGAACUAUCAAACCAAUAAAGUGAUAUAAAGCAGACCAUUCUGAGUUACACUCCUAUGUAUGAAACUUGCCAUCCUACAUAAAUCAACUAAUCAAAUAUCUUUUCAGACUGUAAAUCCAAUCAUACACCAAUAAUAUACCAUCCUUUCAUAUGCGCAACUGCCUUGACUCUUAGAGUGUGCGAUAUAAUGUGUAAAUACAGUACGUUGUGUUUCCCAUAAUGCUACAUAUGUCUAAUGCUGUUUUAUUUUUGCUACCGUUAUUUCUCAUUAUGGACAAUGACAAUGAUUUUUUACAAUAUUAAAACUUGAUUUUCAAACGGU